AUGGUCUUAUUGCAAUUUUCCUCUGCACAAGGGCCAGAAGAGUGCUGUAUUGCUGUUGAAAAAGCACUCGCUUGUUUUUUGCAAGAGGCAAAAAACAAUGGAGUAAGUGCUGAUGUAUUAGAAUCUUGUCCUUCUCGACAUGGUUUAAAAUCAGCGCUUAUAUCCCUUGAUGGUGAACAAAUUCAAGCGUUAAUCGAUGACUGGUGUGGCACAAUUCAAUGGCAGUGCCAGAGUCCACUUCGUCCGAAACAUAAACGUAAAAAUUGGUUCCCUGAUGUUAUUCCAUUUUCACCGCUGACCGAAAUUACUCAAAGUGAAAUAGAAUAUGAAUUUAUCAAAGCGCAAGGACCUGGCGGGCAACAUGUUAAUAAAACCUGCUCUGCUGUUCGAGCAAGACAUAUUGCCAGUGGGAUCUGUGUGAAAGUUCAAUCUGAACGUAGUCAACACGCAAACAAAAAGUUAGCUAACCAGCUAAUUAAUUGGAAAUUAAGUGAAUAUCAAUCACAACAAUUAAGUGACUUAGAUAAACAAAGGCACCACUCCCAUUAUCAAAUUGAGAGAGGUAAUGCGAUAAGAAUUUUUUCUGGUAGCGAGUUCAAGCGCCUGAAAUAA